AUGGCUAAAAUCCAAGAAAACAGAACCCAGUUUGUGUCUGACGAUGUUGGAUCCUCACUUUCGCGACUCAUUUUAACUAGUAAUUCGAACACCUUGGAUUCAAUUUUUUCCCAUUGCCAACAAUCAUCAAACCUUGAUGCCAUCCCUGUUUUCCAGCCAUUAGGCUCUUCAGUAUACCUAAAACAAAGGGACUUGUUCCAAAAAUUCUGCCAUGAGAAUAAACCAAACACUUCAAUUGCCAAAAUUUCCCUCCCAAACCCACCUCAACAACCACUUUAUGCACAAAAUUAUUUCAGCCCAAGCAAGAAAAAGCUGUAUAGAGGGGUCCGACAGAGGCAUUGGGGCAAAUGGGUGGCGGAAAUUAGACUUCCACAAAACAGAAUGAGAGUUUGGUUGGGAACUUACGACUCCGCGGAGGCUGCCGCCUAUGCUUACGACCGCGCUGCCUAUAGACUCCGCGGCGAAUAUGCUCGCCUGAAUUUUCCGAAUAUAAAGGAUCCAAGUGAAUUGGGAUUUUGCGAUGGCGCCAGAUUGACUGCUCUGAAGAAUGCAGUAGAUGCCAAAAUUCAAGCAAUUUGCCAAAAGGUAAAGCGAGAAAAAGCUAAAAAGGCAGCCAAAAAAAGUGAAAAAGUAGAGGAAAAUAAAGUUGAUCAUAACUCAUCUUCAUUGGAAAUGGUUUCGCCAAGUAUUUCUGAAGACGGGUUUUGGAAGGGUGAGAAUUCACCUUCCUCGGUUUCCUCCAUGGAUUCGGAGCUUGAAUGUUGUUCACUUUCUCGGAUUCCAUCUUUCGACCCGGAAUUGAUUUGGGAAGUUCUUGCUAAUUAA